AUGGGGUGUACGCCAGCGAAGCUACGUAGCCGUCAUUCUUCAGGGGCAAAUAUCCUGCGUGCAAAAGUGAUGCAGAUGCUUAAAGCUAAACGUGAUGAAUUAGCCCACGCACCACCAGUGACCUUCUCAAAGAUCCUUAUGAAGGCAAGCUCCAUGAAUGCGACUUAUAAACGUAUAAAUGCAGUUUACGAUUCGCUAGACACCGAUAAAAAUGGGUCUCUGGACUUGAAGGAAUUACAGAAAAUGAUUGAUGAACUAGAAAUAGGGCAUGAGGUUUCUUCAGAAGAUCUUCGAUCGGUGUUUGAGCUCUGCGAUAUUGAUCACGAUGGUACCAUCAGCCUCAAGGAAUUCAUCGUAACACUGAGCCUUCUCUACCUCCUGCGAGCGGUACCAACGCUCGUCAGUGUGCGAUCGGAGGGAAAAGAUGUUGCUGGGCUCAUCAAGCCAACUUGCUCAGCGAGAACUCAGGGUCCUGACAUGGGUUCCCCGGAACGUGCCACAAAGCAGGUAGAUCAUCUGAAGCUGGAUCAGUCGACGCCCAGAUCCGAAUCUGCAAACCAGGAUGCAUUUCUUGGACGAUCAAAUGAUAUCCGUUAUCUUGUCCACUGGGUCGUGGCGGCCUACCUCCUCUUUGACACAGACUGCACCGGAUCCAUCUCGAAAGAUAAUGUCAAACAGAUGCAGACUCAAAGAGAGAUUGGUGAUGGUUCGGAUGUUUUCCUCAACGAAGACCGAUGGCAGGAAUUAGACUGGGAUCACAACGGUGUCGUUGACUUUGAAGAAUUUGGAUUUCGACGACGAAUAGGGGCCUUGAAGCGCGGCGCUUUGAAGCAGAGCAGGCAUCCCACGCUGCAUUUGCCAGCUCGCGCUAUGCCCCUGGCGCACUGCAAGUGUUGGCUACUAGUAGGUUUCUGCGGUUGUCGCCAUAGCUUUGGUUCGCGUGGGGAAGGGUGCGGCGUUUCUGCGGCACGGUCACGGGUUGCUCUGGGCGGUUGGCUGCGAGUGCUCGGCGUGUGGUGA